CCCGCGCUGGCACCGAUGGCUCUGCUGUGGCUGCUCUGUGUCCUGCUGGCCCUGGCCGGGCCCGUGGGGGGCUCCUGGGACACCUGCAGAGGCACCUGCGGGCUCCGGCCCUUGGCAUUUGACCACAGCUCACUGGUUGUGGACUACGACCCCCCCGAUGGUGACUACUCAACUCUGGGAUCUUCCGAUGGCCCUUCCCUGGUCGUGGACAGCCCCGGUGUCCCCUCGGGCACCUGGCCUGGCAUUGUCAGCAUCCAGGCCACGUUCAAGAACGGCACGUGGCACAUGUGCUCGGGGGCACUGAUCCACCCGCAGUGGGUGCUCACGGUGGCACAGUGCUUCAACAGGGCUGGGGACAUCUCCAGGUGGGAGGUGGUGAUCGGUGCCACAGACCUGGCCCAGCCGGGCCCCGGCUCCAAGCGGCGCCGCAUCCAGAGGCUGCUGCGGCACCGGCGCUACCACGCUGACUCUCUGAGGAACAACAUCGCCCUGCUGGAGCUGGAGCAGCCCGUGGAGUGCAGCGACUACAUCCAGCUGGGCUGCGUGCCCGACAGCGCCCUGGCAGUGGCCGAGCUGAGGACCUGCUACAUGGCGGGCUGGAGAGCGGCCCCGGACAGCGCUCCCGGCCCGCGCCUGGCGCUGCAGGAGGCCAAGGUGCGGCUGAUGGACGCCCAGCUGUGCAACAGCAGCCGCUGGUACGGGGGGGCCCUGCACCCCCAGGACCUGUGCGCGGGGUACCCGCGGGGCGGCAUCGACACCUGCCAGGGUGACAUCGGGGGACCCCUGGUGUGCAAGGACCACGUUGGUGACUACUUCUGGCUGGUGGGGCUGGCCAGCUGGGGCAAGGGCUGUGCCGGGGACAAGCGCCCCGGGGUGUUCACCUCCACCCAGCACUUCCACGGCUGGAUCCAGCUCCAGAUGAGAUCGGUGCCAGCAGACCCAGCCCCGACGCUGACAGCGCCAGCCCCGGUGCCCAGCCUGGUCCCGAUGCCGGCCCCGAGGCCCACGCUGAGCCUGGCUGUCAUCACGGCGUCACCAGAACCAGAAUCCGACACAACCAUCACAAUUUCCUUCCCCAAAGUCGUCCUGCUGAGAUUCUUCCAGGCUCUGCAGGACUUCUUGGAGUUCCUCAGGGACAAAGCCACCGAGCCCCGCGCACGGAACCGGCGCCUCUGUGACAUCAGCCUGGCGCGGUGGCACCACGGGUGA